CAUGCGGUUCGAAGAGGGGUGCGCCCGGUGGCUGCGCAUCCAGAAAAGCCGCCUCCGUCGAACCAAACGAGGGAUCAAUAUUGACACACGAGGCCCCUCCGAGGAAAGCUUCUUUUCGUAUCCGUUCUUUCGCGUUCCUUAGCGGCUUUUGGGGUAUACGAGGGAAGGAGGGCACGUCACGGCGAAACGGCUCGGCUCUCGCGCUGGCUGGCUUCGGAGCGGCUCGGGCUCGCUAGGGCCCGGUGUUGUGGGGGCGCCUUCGACGCCCGACGCCGCCACCGCGGGUGUCUAUCCUGGGCGUGCACGGUUGGUCUGCCGUCGCUGCUUCCAAGAGCUGGGGAUAGGGCAGCUUCCGCUGUCGGUGCCUCGGCGCCGUGCCAGAAAAGCGCCGGCCGGCCUCGGCGGACGCUUAGCAGUGAAUCGAGAGGCUGGGCCGCAGCAUGCGACGCCACAGCGGCAGUGCGAUUCCCACAUCCGGCGGCAAGCAGUCCGCGGACUGGGUCCCUGGUCCCGGUAGCGGCGGCGGUGGCGGCGGCGCCCUCGGCGUGGGCGGUGUGGGGCCCGGUCACACCGUGCGGAGACCCGUGGCACGGCGUCAGCAAUCCCUUUCGACGGACCACGAGCUGGCGCUGCAGUGCUCGCUCGUCGAACUCGAGAACCAGCUCCCGGGGGUCCGUGGUCCCCCCGUGUACCAGCCCCCGGCGAGCGUGUACGAUGACGACCCGGGCAUCAUGUCCGAGGUGGAGACCUCUGCUACGGGCAUCCGCAGGGCGUCCAAGGCCCGCUCUGGCCUGCCCGUGGUGCGCACGCCAUCCAAGACGCAGGAAAGGCCGCUCGCGAGGAUGACACUCGUGAAGCCCGGCGAACUUGGCAACUGGCAGGAUGUCAAAGGCAAUCAGUACAAGGAAGACUACACGCCCUCCAUGUCGCCGUGCGGAGGCAUCUACGCCAACAAUGAACUGGCAUCUCGAGCGGCCAUGAUCACCUCCCUAGGUCUGGUGUUCCUGCAGUACCGGAGCGAAACGAAACGGGCCCUGCUCCCGAACGAAAUCACGUCGAUCGACACGGUGAAGGCGCUCUUCGUGCGCUCCUUCCCCAAGCAGCUGACCAUGGAGUAUUUGGACUCGCCCCACAUACGCAUCUACAUCCACGAUGCCUCCAAGGACAUGUUCUACGAACUGGAAGACCUCAGGGACAUCCGUGACCGCUCGGUCCUUCGCAUAUACGAGCAGGACAUGAACGACGGCGCUGUGUACAGCACGUACGACCAAGACAUGAGCUACUUCUCCGAACCAGAAUUCGACUCGGAGUACCAGAACCAACACAUACACAGGGCGAAGGCAUCGAAGACCCCGCAGGGUUCCAGCUACUACGGCGUGCCGGCGUACGCGGCACGGACUCAGACGCUGCCUCAUGGAGCCACCAUGCGUCCCUUCUCUCCGGCACCUCCCGAGCGGCCGAAGCCCCCGAGCGCGGGUCCUGGCGUCGGUUACUCGCAGACUUUGCCUCGAGGGAUGACGUACGCGUCGGUGGCACUGAGCCCAGAGAAGAGACAGCCAGGGCUGCUGGUUCCAGCUGGUGGCGUCCCAAUCGUUCCCCCGUCGAAACCAGCUCGAUUCUACCAGCAGCCCGUGAGCGCCCUGUCGCCGCUCACUUCCCCAAGAUGUCCCCUGCCGAGGCCCCCGUCAGCGCCGCCCCCGCGGUCGAUGUCCCCCGAGCGGGGGCCGGAGGGGGGCAUGUACUCGUCCGGACUGCCCUUCACUUCGCCGACGGGGCCUCAGAUGGCCAUGCCCCGGCGCUACGAGCUGGGCUUCCAGGAGUCUCCGGAGCGGAAACCCGGAGACCUGUCCAACUUCCUGUCGUCGCCCGAGCGACGGAUGGACCAUCAGAGGUCCCUGCCGGCCACCUUCAACUCGGCCUACGAGGAACCUUUCUACGGAGACCAGGACCAGCUGGGCUCGCGCUCCGGUAGCGCGACGCCCAUCAUCGACGAAGAAGCGAGGAUGCGAGUAGAGUACAUGGAGCGCCAGCUUGCAAGUCUGACCGGGCUCGUGCACAAGGCCCUGGCUGCAGGAACGUCUCCGAGACAACCGAGCCACCUCAUUCCGACGCGAGACACCGACGGACCCCCGGAGAAGGACAGAUCGGAUGAGGUUCGGCUGGCCGAACACGAUGUGCAGAAACACCCCUUCAAAGAGGAGAAGUCAGUGUCGUUUUCUGAAGAGACUACGACUCUGGAUUCCCACAAACGAAGGCAGCAUUCCCCGCAACCUGCAGCAGAAAAACCAAGCAAGCCUGCAAUCAAAAGUUUACGAUCACACUCCAUAACAGACAAAGAUGGCCGGCCAUCCAAACCCGCUCCGCCUCCCAAACCGGCUUCUCUCAGUGGCGCUCUAGAUUCAAGGCAGCAUUCGUCGUCACCUGCCAAAGAGGUGCACUUCAGCCCCGAGGUGUGCUCCCAGCUGCAGCAUCUCCGCAAACAGACCAAGGAUCUGCGGCUGGAAGUGCGAAACCUCCGCCGCAUGACCCAGGCUCAAACCGUCACUGCGCGGGAGAUGAUCAGGGAGGUCUGUCUCAAGAUUAAGGUGAUGUUGGCAGCUGUUCAAGUGGGUGACGACCAAGUUUGUGCAGAAAGGCUACGAGUGUCAAGAGAAGAAGACCUUUACAGGCAAGACGUAACACGGCUCGAAAAGGAUCUUUCGGACUUGGAGAGCCAGGUGGAAGAGUUGCGAGGCAAUGUGAUCAAUCGGCGGUGUCGCGUCAACAUGAGCAAUGUAGAAAGCAUGGCUCUCGUCCUCAGCAGGGCCAGCAAGACUGUGGCAGACCUGAAAGCGCGGUUUCCAAAUCUUCAAGAUAGUCUAAAAACUGUUAUGGGUGCUGAAAUGGAGGUUGUUGUUCGAGAAGAAAAAUUUCUCAAAGAAGAGCCAGAGAGGCUAGAAAACGCUUUGAGGAGGUGCAAAAAGUUGACUGGAACGUUGGUAACGCUUAAAAGGUUGGCAUCGGUGCAGGAACAGAGGCACACGGGAGCGCACGGGCUUCCCGAAAAGGCGGCGUCGGCGGACGGGGCCUACUCCGACGGUGAAGCGCAUACCGCAAGGAGCGUGGAGGGCGACGGAGCCAGCCCCGCGGGGCGUUCGGAGAACGCUCUGGACGCUUUGCUGGACGAGCUGCAGACCUUCUCGAAGGACAAGCGGCGCCCGGCUGAGUCGCCCGUGCGGGCGGUCGAAGCCAGCAGCAAGAAGACGCCGCCGCCGCCUCCCCCGCGCACGACGAGCAAGUCCCCCGUCACGUCGCCGACUGGCCCACAGCGUAGCCGUUCUGAACCGGUCCGCACCAGCGCGCUGGCUUGCGAGGAGGGCCGUCGGGACCAGCUCUCCUCGAACAGCAGCAGCAGCGAGAGCGUCAACUCGCAGGAGGGGCUGCAGGGGCGCAGCCGCCAGGAGCUGCUCGACUCGCGGCACCAGGAGCUGCUCCGCAAGCAGCGCCAGCUGCAGGAGCAGUACGCCAGGCUGCAGUUGCUCCAGCGCCUGUCACCGCCCAAGCCGGACCUCAAGAAGACCGGCAGCGAGAGCAACAUCCUGCACAAGGCCUCGCUCGCCAUGGCCAGCGCCUCGGGCUCGCUGACCCACCUGGCGAUUCCGCCGUCGGCCAGCCCCGGCGCCGCAGCGGCGCUCCUGCGCUCGGGAGCCAAGAUCUACGAGACGGACAUCCUGUGAACGCGGCCGCCCCCUGCAGUCAUCCGCCGCCCCCGGCAGCGGCCCGCCCCCCAAACGGAGGACGCCGACGACCCGCUUCGUUACCUGUAACGAGGCACACUGGCGCGUUACACGCGGUGGUUUAUAUACCGUAUGGCUUCCCACUGACUCUUUCCGACUGGCCGCACGCCGGUACAGACUCACCAACUUGUGAUGGCCGCCCCUGUACAUCAUUUCCAGGAUCGGAACGUCGAUUCGCUCGCUUAAUUGGCUCCAAAGUAUGGCGUCCAAAUCAGUCCAGGCGAAGGAGGCAAAAUUUAAUCAGAAAUGGCUUCAUUGCAGACGCCGCAUAAUCACUGUACGGGUGUGCGUAGUCAUCGGGGACGACGACGACGUUGUAUGGCAUAGAGCACCAACACUUUCUUUCUCUUGCACUAGCCCGAGUACGGCAAGUGAGGACAGUUUGAGGCGGAGAGCGCUGGCGUCUUGGCUGUUGCUGUUCCGAAAGUGUGUUCAUCAGACUGUGUCGAUGGGGUGGUUCUUGAAAAGUCCCCCUUUUUGGAGCGUUCAGUAUUGACCACGUUCGUCACUCCGCUGAAAGGUCUGUUUGUUUAGCGAAGGUCGGGGCCGUUAGCUGCCGGUGCAAGGGCUCGCCGUCUUUACUGAUUUCGUUGUCACGGGCUGCGAACGGUCGAUGCACGUUUAUGGCGCGUGGAUGCGACCAUUGCUGCACACGGCAUUCUUUACUCUUCUCUUGAGGCACACCAUACCAGCAAGGCCCUAGUCAGGCCAGUCACAAGCUGAACACUUCUCCUGGUGACUUUGUGGUUUCUACACCCACCCGUGCGGUUGAGUACGCGGGCUUUCAAAAGAAUAAGAGCAACACAGAUUAGUUGCUAGUAAUUGUGCUUCUUUAUUUAUUCAUCCGACAAACGUCUUCAUGAUUUAGGAAAAAAUCUAACACGCAAAUGUUUUUCACUUUUCAAAGUCAACAUAGAUUGCUUAAUUUUUAGCGUUAUAGUUUUAAUAUGAAACAUGCCAGAACAAUGUGUUGUCCACUCUCUUAUCCACACCAAACAUUACGUGCGAAUUCAGGAAUUGUAUCUUUUUUUCCUAGCAGUUCCUGUGCAGUUCCUCAGCACGGAAGCACACCACCUGCAGUGUUAUCAUUCUGUGCCAACUUCAUUUUUCAUACGUUCUCAUGAGGACAUCUGAGCGUCGUGUUGAUUCUGUAAUUCUGGAUCGGCAAAGGACCGAAAGCCAACGACCAGACCCAAUAUUUUGCAAAGCCCAAAUAUCGGUUCUUCCUUACUUUUCUAGGCAGGAGGACUUUAGUUUCAUCGGUGCGUCGUGUCUAUAUUUAGUCAUUCUUGUUUCAUAAACCCUAAAGCGAUGAUGAUGUUUAAAAAAAUGCCCCAAGAAAAACAGAUGGUGUGAUACUUUUUGGUUUGCAGUCUUCCCGGUUGCUCCAUUAUCAUACCAUUACGAAUUGUGAGAGUACAUCGACCCUUUUACAUGCCCUUCAAUACCAAACUCACGUACAAGAGCACGCACAGUCUACUCUUCUUCUCGACUGACCGACAUCCGAGAUGCUUUCAUUCGAACGCCGGCCGUUCUGCUAACUCUCCCCCCUCUCCCGAAACCACGAAUAGUCUCUUCCCUCGCAUAUCCGACGGCUCUACGCGUACUUCGACCGGGCAUACUCCGGAAGCCAUAUGCCAACCAAUGUGUCUAAACGCAGCGCGCGUUUUGGGCAGAUCAUCCACGUUGAUGGCAUAAACGUCUCUUUCACGUUUCUCAUUUAAGCGUGUUUAAGAGUGCACUGAGCCAAUGCUCCCUAGACCACGAGGCCUCCGUUCUAAGGGUCGUGGUGUCACAAAGCUUCCAGGGUGUGAGGCCCCAAUACCUCCUAAAAUAAACGAAUCACGUGCACUAGAAUUUUUACGCAAUCAUAAUCGGAUUGGUAACAGACACAGAUUAGACAAAAUUCUGCCAAAUCAAUUCGUCGUAUGGCGUUGACCAUCUUAGCGUAGCACCAUCCUAACUUGAUGACGCUACACAGAGGUAAAGGAAGCUGAUUACAGGCUUUGAUGAUUAUAUAUGGUGUUGGUGAAGCCCGCUUAGUACAGUCAAAUUGAACUCCGCGUCGUUGCAGUACUCAGCCAGUCAUCCUUCAGAUUUCACUGACCUGGUGACGCCAUGACGUUCAGCGCCGGCGCCUCAUGGUUUAGAAGGUGUUCGAUGUGCGUGUCGAGCUACCCCUGCCGGCUGUCUUUAGUAACCGAGAGCAGUCGGGUGUCUUCUAGUCUGAACCUCCCUGUUUAAAGCUGUUAAGCAAAGCUACCAGGACGCGGUCUGUUGUUACAUUAUCGAGCAAGUGUUCUCUCGGCACGGUUGUCUUGACCACAAGAGAACAGCAGAGCCUUGCAACACGGGUUUCAAUACGUUCGACCAGACCCUACACGGUCGGGCCACGAUUGUUUGAGCGAAUUUUGUUAGACCCUAUACCGUUAGAUUGCAUGCUACAAAAACUCCUGUCGGAACUGGUUCGAAUCUAUUUACAGUGUUGAUGAACGCGCUAGUUUUGUUCUUUUAUUGGCAGCAGCUUCCUUGUGAUCCGUUUUUUGGUCAGUCCCACGCACUCAUUAAUCAACAUGUAGAAUCACACCAUGUUGCUACUCUUCAACUUUGCACUAAGAAUUGUUGUUUAAUACCGAAUGUAAGAUCACUAUCGCGAACAGUGUUUGCCUGGCGCGAAGGUCUACAAUUUUUCUCAGUAUUCCACGAAACGUCGCACAAACGGACUUUUUCCUUCAUUGUUUCUCACUCGACACGAAUGUUCCUUGUGAAGCUCCAUCAGCACUUUUUCGACGAAAUUUCUGAUCCCAGUUAAGUGGGAAGCAGCGUGCUGAGCUGAGGUAAUGCCACGCGAACACAAGACCUGAAAGUAAUGUACAAGAAGUGACACGUGUAACCAUUUCGUUAAGCGGUCGGCACAAGCAGACUUGUUAGCUAGCUCGCCACUGGUUACUUUCGGCGUCAUAAGAGCACCCUGUUCGAUUGUUCGUUUGCAGCUUCAGUUUCAAAGUACAGUAUCCGUUCCAUGAUGACCGAUAACGCUUUACGGUUAAAGAGAUAGCGCAGUCAUUGUUUCUUCUUCUUUUAAGUGGCGCAGAGACAAUUUCGAAGCCGCAAUUUACUUGUUGCGUUAAACAACAGCGUGUGUGGCCCCAUAGUUCUUAAAGCGCGUAGAUUUACAUAAACGCGAUCAUUUUUGUUUGUCGUAGUUGCCUUUAUGUAAACAGGUAAUCCACCUGUCAAGGGCAAAUAUACUUGCUAUUUUAUAACUGCUGGAACUUCCAAAACUUUUCUCACUGUGUAUACACCUGUCGUGAGUUGAAGACAAUCGGAAGCAAUAAGUGGCUUCGAGCACCUUGUUCUCUCUAAAUCCUCAAGUUAUUUUUUUGGCCUUUAGCCGGAUAAACUUUAAUACAGGAGCCAGGUCUGUUUUAGACACAAAUUACAACGAGCUCGCGUGACGCUUCCGUGGGCUGCAGCAGAAAGCAAGCUUUUACUGACAAUGUCCAAUGAUUCGUUAAAUGCAAGGCUAAAGUAACUAUUCAGCAAUCCUGGCAGGUAUGGGGCAGUAGCCUCGUCACCAACGCUUUUUGGUAUUCUGACAUGACCGCGAUGACUCGACACAUUUGAGCGUUCGACGCAUCCACAUUGUUUAGAUUGAUGUUUGAGCGCCGCGGAGGUACAUCCGCGGAUUGAAGUGAUUCACUUAUUACGCAUUCCUUAAUAAAGAAAAAGAGAUGUUUUAUGCAGACCCGAUUCCCCCUGUACUCCUGGUAUUGCCUGCAUCUUUUUUUUUUUCCAAAAGUGUUUGUGCUUACUGUAGAUAGGAAGCCAGCCAGAAGUGCACUUGGGUUCCUUCAUAACCUUUGGCAAGCUGAGCUUUGUACAAUACCGGCGAUGGAACGCGACCAUUUUGACGGGCAUUCGGGUAAUCUUCAAAAUGCAUUGGAGAAUGCGGUUGUCGAUCUAAGGCUCUCUUCAACCGCAAGGCGUCCCGCUGAAAGAGCGACAGUUUCCAAUCAAUCAAAAGCGCUGUUUUGGAAUGAGCUGUGUAGAUUUAUGACGAGAUAGCUGUGUAGAUCGUAUGACGCCAUUUUAUUAGGAACAAAGAAAACACAACUCCUUUUCUCGUUGAGUCGGUGAUGAUUCUGCACCGUAUCCUUGGGUGCAGAAUGGUGCUCUGCUGUCCCUUCGCCACGGCGGUAUCAGCGAUGUGAAACUAGAUUUAAGAAACGUAAAGUCGAAAGUGGCAGCACCCAUCCUGUUGUAAUACACGUGUUGUCAAUUUGUGUGAAUAAAAACGAAGUCGUGUUCA